AUGGCACUUGACAACGAACAGACCCUCACCACCAUAUCACGGGACGAAGACGUGCCCAGAUUCGCGCAGGUCAUCGGCGCGGCGUUUUCCAACGAUGGGCUCAAUCGAUACCUCUUCCUAGGCCAUGAGUCACGGCCCGACCAUCCCAAACUAUCGCAACACGACCUGCGAGUCCAGUUCUGGAUACCAAUCAUCACGGACCGGUACAAAAAUGGAGGUAUCUUGGUGCAAACGUACGACUUUGCAGCAGUGGCACUGUGGCUCCCCCCAGGCACCAAGAAGCCUGUCCCUAGCGGCGCUGUCUCCGAAGGAGCGGCCGAGUACCGCGCGAAGUUCGACGCGAUGAAGAAAAAGUACAUGGGCGACCGUCCUUAUUGGUAUCUCAAUCUCAUUGGCAGAUCACCCUCGAGGCACGAAAAAGGUGCCGUCCGCGGCUUGAUCGAACCAUUCGUGCAGAAGGCCCGCGAUCAAAACGUCCCGGUCUGGCUGGAAGCCACCAAUCCACACGCUAGAGACGUGUACGCUCACUUCGGGUUCCAAGUAGCCGAGGAAGUGCGGAUAGGCCAAGGAGUCGUCAACGCCGAAGGAUGGGCUCAGGAAGGUGGAGAAGGGGUCCUACUGUGGGGUAUGCUGAUAGAAGCUUGA